AUGAUGGACAUCGAUGUCAUUACUAAACUCCCAGGGUUUUUUAAUUCGAAUUAUUAUUGCCUUCAAUGUGAAAAAGCCUAUUUUAAUGAAGACUAUGAACAUCACUCGUGCCACAAAACUAAAUGUCGCGCCUGUCUUCAAUCCAGCUGUCCUGAUUAUGAACUAUUCAAGCAAAGCGACAAACCCGAUCUACCGUGCAAGGAUUGUGGACGCCACUUCUACGGAGUCACAUGCCAGCUAAAUCAUUUCACUUGUAAACCCAACGGACAGCUAGUUGCACAUGGUGAAAAAAACGUGUGUAAAUCACACAAAAAUUGUUCCACUUGUUUACACAUGUUUUCAUCCUCUGUGCAAGAACACAUGAAACAUUGCGGCUUACAAAAAUAUCCAAGCUGUUCAAAAGAAGUCAAUAUUUUACAACACAGUUAUCUCCAACCCGUCACAUAUGAAAAAAACGCAAAAGAAAAAACGAAGAGCCACAACACACCGUGUUCGUUUAUUUCGAUAUUGAAGCCCAGCAAGAGGCCGGAGACCACGUGGCUAAUCUCGUAUGUGCAGAAACUGAUCAAAAUGAUGGGCAAUUCACCUUCAAAGGUGAACAUUGCAUAUACGAAUUCCUACAGUGGGUUCACACCGUAGCCAAUCAACCAAAUGUAGAAAAAGUAAUUGUGGUGGCACAUAACAACAACAACAACAACAACAACAGCAUUUAUUUAAACACGAUAAAAAAUUCAGCAAAAGCUGAUGUGGUCGUGUACGGACAAUAAAACUAAAUUCCUAACUAAAUCCAAUAAAACUAAAUUCCUAACUAAUUAUAAGAAGACUAAUGUAAGAUUUCUACAUAAUUUUCAACAAUAAAAAUUCUACAUAGUACAUCAUUAUAACAUACGUGGCUUAAAAAUACACUUGAGUGACUUUUUAAAAGCGUCAACGUCUUGAAUUGAUCUCAUUUGAUUUUCCAGAGCGUUCCACCGAGUAAUUGACUUGUAUGAGCAUGAUUUCUUGACCAUAUCGGUCUUAGGUCUAGGUUACUUAAAUGUCAUUUUCCUCCUGAAGUCGUAGCUACUUACAUACUUUUCAAAGUGACGGCUCAUAGGACGUGGCAAAAGAUUAACAUAACUUCAAAAGGGUAUGACGGAUAUUUCAUACUUGAAGAACUAUACAAGCAGCACGUGACUAAUCUCUCAAAUUGUGAAUGGAGCCAACAUUUUGAGCCUAGACAUUCCCAAUGUCAAAUUCAUUGACUCCAUGAACUUUUUUCAAAUGGCUUUGUCCAACUUCCCUGAAACAUUUAGAAUCAACGAACUAAAGAAAGGAUUUUUUCCCCAUUUCUUCAACAUUCAAGAAAAUCAGAAGUAUGCAGGAUACAUGCCAGACAAGUAUUACUAUGAUCUAGACGGUAUGUCUCCAGCACGUAAAGAGGAAAUUCUCAGAUGGUACAGCACAUAAAAUCACAGUAGAACCGGUGCGCGGAUGG